CCAGUAGUGUUUCUACACGGCUUCGAGAAAAUGAGUGGACGCGGAAAAGGAGGAAAGGGACUCGGAAAAGGAGGCGCUAAGCGUCACCGGAAAGUUCUUCGUGAUAACAUCCAGGGUAUCACCAAGCCCGCCAUCCGCCGUCUGGCCCGCCGUGGCGGUGUGAAGCGUAUCUCUGGUCUGAUCUACGAGGAGACCCGUGGUGUGCUCAAGGUGUUUCUCGAGAACGUGAUCCGUGACGCUGUUACCUACACUGAGCACGCGAAGAGGAAGACCGUGACCGCCAUGGAUGUGGUGUACGCUCUGAAGAGGCAGGGUCGCACUCUGUAUGGUUUCGGAGGUUAAAUCCACAGCUCGACUCCAACACAACGGCUCUUUUAAGAGCCACACACUUCACUUUAAGAGCUUUGUUCUGCGCUCUUGUUGUCCUGAAAAUAUUAGUAAAAUACCUGCCAGUAUCGCCCCACUGACUUCUGAAGCAGUAGUAUGUUAUAAAUUCACAAACAAUUACCGAC